AUGAAAAGCACUGUAUCGAAGUCAGAAUCCACAUCUUUUCGAGGGGUGAAAUCAGGAGCUGUGUCCACCCAGGAGCCCCAGCUGGUCCUAAUAUCAGAGCAGCCGCAGAGCAAGUCUAGCUUCCUGUCCCCAGUGUAUUAUAUAGUGAGCGUAGUGUUCUUUCAGAGUCAUAAUUAGUCUGCCUCUCCUCUCUGCUCCUCUCCUCUCCUCAACCCUCCUCUUCUCUCCUCUUCUGUUCUACAACUAUAGAGCUGCACAGGACAUUUGCAUAACUGUUCAGACUCCCACUGUUCUCCCCCGUCCCUGCCCUACUUCCACUCUUUCAACCUAACUAAUGCUUCCCAUAACUUCCCCUUUGUCUAACCCCAUGUUGCCCUGGGAACCACUGCUGAUUGACAGGUUACACUGGGAGAACUCUAGUCUACCCUUCAAAAGACUAUAGGGUUCUUGGGGAGGGGGAAGGGGAGGGGGAGGGACAUAGGAAAAUAGUGAGAACUUCAAUUGUCUUUAGUUGGACAGUUCCAAUUAUAGAUGCUGUGGGGGACACUGAGUGGCAAGUUUUGAAUUUGUUUUGAUUGUUUUCAAUUGUCACCCAUGUUCCUGGGAGGGCUUUGUGUUGUGUAUGAUGUGCAAUCUGAAGAGAUGCAGGCUGGGGACCCAGUCUGCCUGUGUAUUAUGGUGGAAGAAUGGAGCUCUGGGAACUGAUACUGUAUAAAUGACAGGGCAUGCCAAUGUGUGAGAAUCUCACGGGACUGACUGCUGAGCUGGCCUGGGAGGGAUUCCGAUGGGAAACUGCUGAGGUUAGACUCAACUGAUGUUAGGUGUGGGUUAUGUGGGUGAUACAGUAUGUAUAUUGUGUGAAUUACUUCAUCUCAAAUGGAAAUGAGAUUUAAUCCCAUAGCAACCCUUGCCUUGCUUGCACUCACACUUUUCUUACUAGCACUGACUUUACUGAUAGCUGCUUUAUUGAGGAAACAUUUGCUUACUAUGACUGUAAUAUGUGGUUGUCUCACCUAUCUACCUUAAAAUGAACGCACUAACUGUAAGUCACCCUGGAUAGGAGUGUCUGCUAAAUGACUAAAAUGUAAAUGUUAAAUGAAAUGGGAACAAUUCAAUAUUGGAUUAGUAUUAACAACUUAUCUGAGGUGGUUUGGGUUCAGACUAGCCAUUAUACUUGUUGGGCUACCCCUAACUUCCCUACCCUCAGGGGCCUGGGGGCUCCCAACAGGCAGAGGGGAGACACUCUCUACAUUAACAGAGUCUCCCGAGUGGCACAGUGGUCGAAGGCACUGCGUCGCAGUGGUAGCUGUGCCACUAGAGAUCCUGGUUCGUAGCCGGCCGCAACCGGGAGACCUAUGGGGCGGCGCACAAUUCGUCCAGGGUAGGGGAGGGAAUGGCCGGCGGGGAUGUAGCUCAGUUGGUAGAGCAUGGUGUUUGCAACGCCAGGGUUGUGGGUUUUAUUCCCACGGGGGGCCAGUAUGAAUUUUUAAUGUUUUUAUUUAUGCAGUCACUAACUGUAAGUCGCUCUGGAUAAGAGUGUCUGCUAAAAAAAAACAGAGGCCCUGCCUGUAAAGUGUGUGUGAUGCCGAGGGCCUUCGCCCUGCCAGAGCUCUAUCAUUGUGUCCUUCAUAAUACACCACAGAGAACAAUGACAGACGGGCCAGGCUUUCCGGGUCAAUUAUCACCACAAUCAGUGAUAUUAUAGUACAUCUGUAAUCCAUUUAGAGCUUCACAAGUACUUUAAAUGCAUCUCUGCAGUGUCAGUUACACACUCUUUUUCCAUUAUACUCAGGCUUUAAAAAGUAUUCAUUUCUCCAACAAAAAGAAAACCACUCGCACUUGUCUUUACAUUUGAGUCAUUUAGCAGACGCUCUUAUCCAGAGCGACUUACAGAAGCAAUUAGGGUUAAGUGCCUUGCUCAAGGGCACAUCGACAGAUUUUUCACCUAGUCGGCUCGGGAAUUAGAACCAGCAACCUUUCGGUUACUGGUACAACGCUCUUAACCACUAAGCUACCUUUACCUACUAGCACUGACUUUGCUGAUAACUACUUUACUGAGGAAAAAUGUACCUCACUGUGAUAUGUGGUUGUCUCACCUAGCUAUCUUAAGAUUAAUGCACUAACUUGUAAAUCGCUAUGGAUAAGACAAUCUGCUAAAUGGCUAAAAUGUCAAAUGUGAUGAUUCAUAUUAUAUCAUCGAUGAUGUUUCAGACCCAAGCAGUUCCUGAUUGAUAACCUUCUGGCUUGUGUCUUGUAGGGUAUCUGGAGAGUAGCAUCCCUCUAUCAUGUCCUAGCUUUUAGCCAGGAUAAAUAA